AUGUUUCCCGAGCUCGUCGGCAAUACCGCUUUGGGCAAGUCCGCGCCAGAAAUUAAUUAUUUAUCGACCUCAGCAUUUCAUGACCACGUUCCUGUCAACUACAACGAAGAUGGAGUACGAUACCAAAGUCCCACUCUUAAGACUGGUUCCAUUGAUGAUCUGCACAAAGCUGUUUCGAAGGACAGCAAUGCUGAGAAGCAGCAAGAAGGCAAGAAGAUCACGGAAGGUCUUGCGACGCUCAAGUACGAGUUGCAACAUGAUAGGCAGUUAACCCCACUCAUCGAUGAUGGCCAACCAGAUAUCGAAGGCUACAAUACCGAGCUCUCCCAACGAGGCAACCCAAAUUGGCACUCCGUCCCCUGGCUCUACGCGGAAUGUUACUUGUAUCGCCGCAUGGCCACACUCUUCUCCACGUCGACACACUGGAAAAGCUACGACGUAUUCCACGCCCAGAAGACCAGCACUUUCCGCUCCUCUCGCCCCGCUGUGCUAGAACUCGCUGCUCGAUACAAUCAAAUGAUUGAGCAAUUCUCUUCCCCUGAUAGUGCCCUCACCGAAGCCACCGAAGAGCAGCGCACGACUGCCGAGAAAGCUCUUUUCACGGAGAUGUGCGAGAUUUGUCUUUGGGGUAAUGCGACUGACCUGUCCCUGCUGACGAGUUUGUCAUACGAGAAUAUUCAGAAAUUACAGGGUGCAGAAAGUAGGAAGAAGAACGAGGAGAAGAUCCUCGUCAAUGACUUUCCUGCUGCUUUUGCUUGCCUCAAGAAUGCUCAGAAGUCUGGCUCGAAGGAGAGGAGAAUUGAUAUCGUGCUCGAUAAUGCCAGCUUCGAGCUAUUCGUCGACCUGGUACUCGCAGGCUAUCUACUCGAAUCCGGUCUAGCGACGCACAUCGUGCUUCACCCAAAGAAUAUCCCUUGGUUCGUGUCAGACGUCAUACCCAAAGAUUUCGCGGAUCUACUGAGCAUGCUCAUCAACGCCAAGAGCUUCUACGAAACACCGUCGGAAGACGAGAAGGCAGAAAGCAAGACACCAGCAUCACUCUCGGAAAAGGACCAGUCGAAUUUGCAGGCUCUAUUUCAGAACUGGAGCACUCUCUACGCCGAAGGCAAGAUUCUGCUACGUCCAAACACUUUCUGGACGGAAGGCGGAUCUUAUUGGCGGCUUCCCAAAGUUGCUCCUUCGCUCCACGAGGACUUGAAAGACAGCGAGCUCGUCAUCUUCAAGGGUGAUCUGAACUACCGCAAACUCACUGGUGAUGCUAUGUGGGAUGCAGCUACGCCUUUCACGGAAGCCAUUGGGCCAAUGGGUCCUGGUAGUGGUGUCAAGGUCCUGGCGCUGAGGACAUGCAAAGCAGAUGUUGUUGUUGGUCUGCCGAAGGGCAGGGAUGAGGAGCUUAGGGCCAUGGAGGGUGGUGGUGGGGACAGUGGAGCGAGGAAGUGGGCUUGGAGUGGGAAGUGGGCUGUUGUUAGCUUUUGCGAUGGCAAGGCUUGA